GAGCAACAAGUUAUCUCAAAAGGGGAGGGAGGUCUGACUGCUCUGCCAAGCGCUGAAGUAAUCUCAAGCCUCCCCCGGCGAGAGGAGCUCUGCCUUCAGCUUUUGCUCCGGAGGUGGCAGAGACACGGGGACACGCUCUGGCCGCCACCAGCCCGCUCUAUCGACCUGCCGAACGCAGCUUCCAGGCGCUUCACUCGCCCGCCGGACACACGGAGCAAAGGUAUUGCUGAAAUCCUAAUGAACCGACCCCACGCGAGAAAUUCAUUGGGAAAAGUAUUUGUAAAUGAACUGUUCAGUGCUCUGGAAGAACUGCGCUUUGAUGAGAAGGUUCGGGUGGUGGUGUUCAAGAGUGAGGUGAAAGGUGUCUUUUGUGCUGGAGCAGACUUAAAGGAACGUGCAAAGAUGGAUGAUGAAGAAGUUGGACACUUUGUUAAAAGGCUGAGAAAUCUCAUGGAUGAAAUAGCUGCCCUGCCAGUACCUACAAUUGCUGCAAUAGAUGGCUACGCACUGGGUGGUGGGCUGGAACUGGCAUUGGCGUGUGACCUUCGAGUAGCAGCUUCAUCAGCUAAAAUGGGCCUUAUUGAGACCACAAGAGGGCUUCUUCCUGGAGCAGGUGGAACCCAGCGCCUGCCCAGAUGUAUUGGAAUAGGCCUUGCAAAGGAACUCAUUUUCACUGGCAGACAGAUUGAUGGACAACAAGCCUUCUCAAUGGGAUUAGUAAAUCACACAGUGCCACAGAACAGUGAGGGAGAUGCAGCUUACCAGAGAGCAUUAGCUUUGGCUAAGGAAAUCCUUCCUCAGGCUCCAUUUGCUGUGAAAAUGGGAAAACUGGCAAUAAACAGAGGAAUGGAGGUUGACAUUGCGUCAGGGAUGGCUAUUGAGGGGAUGUGUUAUGCCCAGAACAUUCCCACAAGAGACCGUCAGGAAGGGAUGGCUGCCUUCAGGGAGAAACGACCACCUCAGUUUACUGGCAAAUAAUGCUUCCUAACUUCCCCUUUAUUCUUUGAGAUAAAGGAGGACUUAAGAGGACCCACUGCUUUCUUGGGAUUAUUUUUAUGACUUCAUUAUGUGUACUUGCUCCUUGCCUUGGACUGCAGUUCUGAAUACUCCACUGGUUCAUUUUGCUGUAAGAAUUUCCAAAUAAAGAUUUAACUUUA